UCUCUGUCUCUCUCGCUCUGUGUCAGUUACCGAAAGACACAACACAAGGAGAAGUGUAUAAAAGCUGGUCUGUAAGUCGGUUACUGGAGUAGUUUGGUCUUCUUUGAUCAAUAAUGUUCAAGUUUCUUUUGAUUCUUUAUGCUAUAUUCCUAGCUGAGGCUCUGCCUGCCGGACCUACAGUUCCGUCAACUGUAGAAGAAUGGGAGUCAAUGGUGGAGCAUGAGAUUAGCAAGAGGAGGGAGUCCAGGGGACUGCCCUUGCAGGAAGAUGAAGCUGUCUACGUUACUGAUCUUAAGGAUCACUACACUGAAGCAUUCACUAAUAUCAAUGAUCUUGCUGCUGUGGAAGAGUCUUUCUAUCCUUCCGGUAGAGAGAUGACCAGAGAGAGGAAAGUGAAGGCCCGUUACAUUGUGUUUAUGACGGAGGAGUCGACUGACCACCACCUGGACAGGGUAGUGAGAGUGCUGGAGAAGGCAAAUAGGGAGAGUAAUGGUCACUAUGUAGCUAAACACAUCAAGAAGAUACGUUAUGUUGGGAAGGGAUUCUCAGCUACUCUGAGUAGCAGCGUGGUGGAAUUGUUGAAAAAACAUCCACAAUCUUACAGCAUUGAAAGUGAUCUUGUCAUCAAGAGAAACAAUCAGGAAUCGCGUUAUGAAGAAUUAGACGAGUUCCUUACACAACAGGAUGAGGAGAGCACCGGGGCCAAGACCAGCUCUGGAGUUGAGUGGAAUCUUGAUCGUAUUGACCAACAUGACGGGCUGAACGGAGCUUACAAUCCAAAAGGAAAUGGAAAAGGAGUUGAUGUCUAUAUCCUGGACACUGGAAUACGUUACACUCAUGACGAGUUUCAAGGAAGAGCCAAGUACGUUGGCUAUGAUGCUAUCGAUGAACUGGUAAAGACCAACUCUCCCAAGAAGGGACUGGAUUGCAAUGGACACGGGACACACUGUGCAGCUACUGUUGGUGGUAAAACAUACGGAGUUGCUAAAGGCGUCGCUCUUUAUAGUGCCCGUGUUCUGGACUGCACUGGGACCGGGUCCAUUGGAGGUAUUCUGGAUGCAAUGAACUACAUCAUAAAGAAAAGGAAGACAUCAGGGACUAGCAGGAGGGCUGUCUUCUCCAUGUCUCUUGGAGUUAAGAAGAAUAAAGGAUUCAAUCUUGCAGUCAAUAAUGCAGUGAAGGCUGGGAUUGUUGUAGCAUCUGCUUCUGGUAACCAGAUGAGUGAUUCCUGCAUGUACAGUCCUGGGAGUGCUGAGCUCUCUAUAUCAGUGGCUGCCAGCAGUAAGACUGAUGAAAGUGCUUCAUUCUCUAACAUUGGCCUCUGCACUGAUAUCUAUGCUCCAGGUUAUGAUAUACUCAGUGCUGGUCAUGAUUGCGAUUCCUGUACAGCCUCAAAGAGUGGGACAUCAAUGGCCUGUCCUCAUGUUGCUGGCUAUGCUGCCAUUGUCCUUGGUCUCAAUGGCCAAUACAGUCCCAGUGACGUGAAGAAGGAGAUGAUUAAAGUCUCUAGCAAGAAGAAGAUUAAUAUGAAUGAGAUGACAGCUAGCCUGGCCACUAUGACGCCAAAUAGGUUGCUCUACGUUGGAAAAUGAUUGGAAUUUUACAAAACAUCAAGAAACUGUUAAUUUAAUUAAAUAAUUUAAUUUUAAAUAAUUCAUUCAUUCAUUCAAGUCAUUAGGACUUUUUCUUAGGCAGUUUUAUCUCAGGAUUAACUGUACUACAACAUUGUUGAUGAUUUUGUAAAAAUAAAUUUUUAAAACAAAA